AGAAAUUAAUCAGGGUCAGUCUAUGUACACCCCAGUCGUAGAUGACCUAUUUAUACAAUGCUUUGCUGUUGGUUGGAACGUUUUUUUAGGAAUUUUUGGGACUGAGGUAAUGUUUUUGGUUCCCCACGCCAAGGGCAUUUGAUUUUUGUUGUGAAAAUGGCAUCGUUCAACAAAGGUCGUCGUUUCACUGCUGAAGAAGUUGGAGAGUUUUGCGCUGAUUCUGACAGUGAUAUGUCUAUUUUGAUGUCUGAGAGGUAAAGCUAGGGACGCCGCAGCGAAGGAGGCCCAGUGGAAAGAGGCAGGACGGAAGCCAACACUACCGGACUUCACUGCUACCCCAGGGCCGAACAUCGGAGCCAUGAGAGACCCGGCCAAUGCCAUGAGUUUUUUCUCUUUAUUUAUUACGCUCGAGCUGCUGCAGUCUCUCGUUUAUCAGACUAACCUGUACGCAGCUCAACAGCUAAAGGACGUGGUCCUAAAACCCUUUUCUCGGCUGCGCUUUUGGAAACCGACCACUGUCCCCGAAAUGAAGAAAUUUUUAGGCUUGCUAAUUCUAAUGGGUAUUGUACGAAAACCUCAAAUGGAAAUGUUUUGGUCAACCGAUGAAAUGUUGGAAACUCCUUUCGUUCGAAAAGUAAUGUCUAGAGAUAGGUUUUUUCUUCUUUGGAAAUUUUUCCAUUUUAGUGACAACGAAAAUAAGCCAGAAAAUUGCACCGAUAAACUAUACAAAGUACGACCGGUCUAUGAUUAUCUAAUCCAAAAGUUUCGUGAUCUUUUCCAGCCGAAUCGACAGAUCUCCAUUGAUGAAGGGAUGCUAGCCUGGCGAGGAAGACUUUCGUUCAGAGUAUACAACCCGGCAAAACCAAUCAAAUAUGGCAUCAAAGGAUAUAUUUUAGCUGAUUCUGCAACCGGCUAUUGCUGGAAUAUUGAUCUUUAUUGUGGAAAUUAUACGCCACUUUCUGUUACCAUAUACAAUCUGUUAGACAGACUCUUGAAUCAUGGCUACUGUUUAUAUAUGGAUAAUUUUUAUAAUUCUGUUUCUUUAGCAGAAUCCUUAGCAGCAGCAGGGACAUGGGUUUGUGGGACACUGAGGAAGAAUCGAGGAGGGCCAGCCAUAAUCAAUAAGAUUGGUAAAGUAAUAAAAUUGAGAAAAGGUGAGGUUAUUUCCAGGGACAAUGGGACAGUGAUGGUAAUGACGUGGAUGGACAAGAGACCAGUGACGAUGAUAAGUACGAUGCAUGACGAUUCCUUCGGUGAAGCUGCAAAACGGGACAGAAGAACAGGAACGGAAUUCGCCGCGAGACAAGCCGGCUAUGUGAACAAUGUGGUAUCCCCCUCUGCAAAGGAGAGUGCUACAUCAAAUACCACAGCACGAAGAACUAUUGUUGAAGAGUGUAUUGUGUGUACAUGUAGUAGUUUAUAUAUAUAUGUGACGGUGGCAUAG